AUCGAGGUUGUCUGCUGCUAAAUCAUUUCAAUGUCAAUCUGAAUGUGAACGAAACCGGUGUCAACAAAAAUGGCUGCGCCCAUGUCCAUGAGUUUUGUCGAAACCGUGAAUAGAAUUUAUAAAUUUUUAGGUAGCGAUGACCUUAUUGUCGAUGAAACUGCUGUGUUUCAAGAGCCCAGGUUAUCUCGCCAGGACACCGAUAAGUGUGACAUCGGUCUUCCCUUGAUAACUCUUGGAGGUUGUGAUGCCAUUAUUCCAGGAGCUCUACUGUUUCCAGAGUACAAACAAUUUAAACUAAAGAUUAAUUUAAAACAGGUUCUCGAGGAAUUACCUCCCAGAAGCAUAUCUUGGGCAUUACCCAUUCAGUCAUGCUCAACAUUUAAGAAUAGUUUGUGUGUUUCGUUCGACCGUCAGCAAGUAUAUCGCAACACGAUUUUCAGCAUUUUGUUUGUGGACAGUACCAGUGUAAAGCUGUUGGGUAGCAAGAAGGUGGUUUGUGUCACAAAAGACACUGUAUCAGUUGAUCAAGACAUCACUGAUCUUACUGAAUUAAGGGUUGCAUUGGCAUAUGAGAGUAUAUGUAAAGUGUUCAUUUAUCUUGGAUAUGAUGUGAAGAAAAGAUCUGAGGAAGAAGUCACUAGCAGUGAUUUCAGAAGACUUCAUGUAUGUCAUAAGCAAAUAUGUUCUGAAAAAGUUUUGGGGUGUUCACUUGUGCAUUGUGGAGCAGUCUUAAACAUGACUACAGGGUCGAAAGACAGUAAUACAUCUGUAAAAGAAUAUUAUAGGAGAAAAAAACUUGUAUUUGAACGGAUGGCAAAAGCAAGGAGCAAUUGCCAAGGGAGUUCUGACCAAGCAGCGACCAUUUCAGAAGCAGAAGUUACUGGAGAGUUAUUGUGGGUAAAAUUACAUGAUAAUGUCUCCAUAAGUUUGUCAGAUGAGGAUUCUGCUGAAACUGGAGUGUCUCAUGGAGCGACGUUUCUACUGUACAACCAUGUGAGGCUAUCUUGCAUUAGAAGAAAAUUUGAACAGGGGGUAGAAAGUGGCUUGUAUCAAAAGCUCCCUGAUAUUGAGGACAUUGAUUUUGGACUCCUGACUCAAAAUGAAGAAUGGCAGUUGUUGCUUCUUAUCCUUGAAUUUCCCUACUGGCUUAUUAACUGCAUCUGUCCAAGGGGCAAAAUUAGUUUACAUCCAGUUUUGGUGGGACUGGACAAACUCUGCAGAGUCUUCAGUGUCUACUACAGAAGAGUUCGUGUUCUCAUGGAACCCAGGCCUCAAUUGCUACCCAUUAUGUAUGCCAGACUCUACUUGCUUCAAUGUGUGGAGCAUAUUUUAGGAACAGGACUGUCAAUUUUUGGUAUGAAACCUCUUGAUUCCAUGUAGAAUCUAUGUAGAAGUUAUGACACUGGUGCAUAUUUUAUUUCCUGAAAAAAUUGUUCACAUCUUAAAAAUUAUUAGGCUUAUGGUCUGACUGCAGUAAAUAUACUAUGUAUGACUGCACACUUUAUAAAAUUUUCUUUGUAACAGCAAUUUUUUGUGGAGAAAAAUCAUAAGCUCAUAAAUAGAAUUAAAGUUUCUUAUUCUAUA